GAUUAUAAUCAAUUUCUUUUAUUUCUACACAAUUUCGAAAUUGCACAAAUGCAAUAAUAAAUUGUUCAACUUCAAUUAUCACAUAAUUGCACAUUUAUCCUGAAGAUUAAAUAUUCUCUAGAAUAGCCUAUUCACAAUUUAACCCUUGUAUUAACUCUUACCUUGAUUCAUGUUGAUAGAGCCAUCCCGAGGAUCUAUGGAUCGAUAAUUCCAAGCUCCAAUAAAUAAAAGAUUAUUAACCAAAACUCUUUGAUUCAAUAAUCAUAUUUAUUAAUCUCAUGAUUAUUCCACUAUAAAUAUGAGACUAAACUCUUGAGAAUUAAAGACAUAUUUACUGAGUACUUUAUUGUAACCACAAAGUGUCUAUUGAUAUAAUCAUUACAUACAAAUUAAUCAUCUAUUGAUGAUUCAUAAUAAAAUGAGAAUAAAAUUACCAUUUUACCCUUUUAAUUAUAUCUUGAUUCCUAGUGUAUCAUUGACUUUACUAGUGAAGGUUAAUUCAUAAUCUUAUUAUGAAUUUGACGUCAAUAACAUUUUCAGUUCCCAAAGCCAACCCAAUAGGGAAUCAUCAUUCAAUCUAUAAGAAUGUAUAGAUUCAAUAUCUGUUAAACUAUGUCCCCAGUCAUAUACAUCAUUGAGUCUCCAAAACAAUUGUUCUUAGCCUGAUCAUUCUGAAAAACUGUAAUGCAUGAAUCAAAGGAUCAAGUAACAUAUAUAGGAGUUCAUAGUAACUUCAGAAUUAAGAUCAGUUUGUAUAUGAUCAUCAUUUGAUGUGUUUUAUAAUACUACGAAACUGUAUUUAAACAAGUAUUAUUAAAACACAUCUGGUCCAAUUCUACAUACUCUCAACAUGCAAAGUACAUCCACUAAAAUGUCCUACUACACUAGUAAUCCAGAUCUAGGUCACAUGUAUUCAUAAUACUAAUGGACCGUACUAGCAGUAAUUAAUCUAAAGAUUCCAUAACUUUAUUUUAUUGCUAACUAUUUAAGUUCAUUAUCUCAAUCUCGAUCAUCUCAUACCAAUAUGAGAUUGAGAACAAAUAGAUGAACUUGUGAAUUUUCUGAUAUUUACUUAGUAUUAUUAGCAAUAAUAUAGUACAUAAGCUACAUAUAUACAAUUAUUCAAUUAAUUUAUUUAUUUCAUUAAAACCAUUGUCUACUACAAUUUCUUUUAGGGCACAAUUCCCAACAUCCCACCAGACGGGUAUACUGCUUGGAGUCUCAUGCAUUGCCAAGCAGGUGCCUUCCUUCCACUUCAUCCGUACAUUGUGGAAAUAUGUGACUAUUUUGGAAUAGCCCCAUUCCAACUGACGUCGAAUAGUUACAGACUAUUGGUGCUGCUGUGUAUUUUGUAUAGAGUAUUAGAUUGGUCUCCCCCUGAUGCUUUGGAGGUUCACUACUUGUUCAAUAUCAAGUCCAACCGUGUAUCAGGUUAUGAAGGAUUCUACUACUUGUGUAGCUAUUCUGGUGGAGAAGUCCUCAGGAGUGGUGUUUCCAACCCUGGUCGCUACUGUAGUCAAUACGUUUUUACCAAUGCCGUCAAGUCUGAGCAUAGGUCAUUCCGUGAUAUUGGUAAGUGUCUGGCCGUUUUCCUUUGAUAAGGUUGUUUGUUCGUAUCCAUCACUGUAUGCUCACUCUGUUCGCAUACUUUGAUGUUUCAGGUCGUUAUAGGCGACCGACUCCAAUGCGAGGGCGACUUUCUAAGUUAUGUCGAUUGGAUGGAAAGUAUAGGAAUGCAUCUUUCCUUAUCAAUGAUGACAAUUUACGAUUGGUCGGUCUACUCGAACCACACCAGUCAUUGGAUCAUCUAUCGCUGCCUUCGGAGUUUGACUAUGUUUGCUUUUCUGAAGUUCAAGAGUCUAUACAUGAGAGGCGAUCAAAAGAGGUUUAUAUUGUUCGUGAUGAGCCUGAGUCAGUUCACUUCGAGGUUUCAUGUGCUUGUUCUUCCUCAAACAGUCUUUGUUCUAGGUUGCCCAACUGUUCAGAGUUUGACUUAUUGCUAGUGCCUCUCCCUUCUGAAACUUUUAGUGAUGUGGGAGGUCUUGGUCUAUCCCUUAGAAAUGAGGAAAUAUCCCUCCCUCAUUGGUUAAAUGAAUACUUUCUAGAGGAAACUUUUACUGAUAAUCCUUCUGGUAUACUAUUUUUUCUUAACUGCAUUAUGACUGAUAUAUAUUUUUUUCAUCUUAUCUGACCAUUUUUCUUUCGGCAUGAGACAUGAAUGCUCGAGCUUUGUUUGGUGGCCCUGAGGUUGUAGGAGCAAGGGCUAAAAAGAGGAGGAAGCAGUUAGUGAACAAGAAUAAGGGAACCCUUCGGAGUCUUCUUUUAUUCGUUCAGGCCAAAGUCGGCCUCUAGCUGGGGUUAUACUGCCAGCCCCUGCAGCGACAGCUAGUGUGGUUCCCACAACCUGGUCCUUAUCUCCUAUAUUACCUUCUUGUGUUCAAAUGGUGGAACCUAGACUUGAAGAGGUCAUCCAGAGUGACCAGAUACUGGCAGAAUGGUCUUUCUCCGGAGUUUGCCUCCCUAGUGAGAUCGUUCGUCAUUCUAUUGCCAACACUGUUCAGACAAUGAUCACCUUGACCAACCUAUCUGAAUCUAUCGAGCAGUUGAAGAAGGAUAAGAAAGAUACAUGUCGUGCCCUCAUGUCUGAGAUAGACACUGUUCAUGGUGAGAGGAACAAUUGUAAGACUGAGCUCGAGCAACUCAAAAGUUCUUCUUGUACCAAGAUCAAUCAACUAAGGGCUGAGAUUGAUCGUCUUCAGAAGUCUCACGCUGCUGAGGUUGAGCAACUUAAAGCUGAUGCAGAAGCUGAUCGCCUUCAAACCCUUGAAGAAGAAGGAGAUAUCUUAAAUAACACGUUCUUUCAGGUCUGCAACCACAACCGUAGUACUGAUUUAACAUUUCUGAAUGGCAGAGUGAAGUCCCUACUAGAGGCUUGCGAACAAAGACUUGUUGAUGAAGAAAGCUCUUCUGUUUGUACCUCCUUAGUACAGCCAGGGAAUGGUGAUGUUUCAAGGCCUAAAGACCUUGCUACCAGCACUUCUGCUGACCCUUUAGCUGCAUUGGGAGGCCAGACCCUUGAGCCAGAAUCCUGAUAGCUUAGUCUCUAGUGCGCCUUAUGUUGGAGUAUUUUAUACUUGCAUACUCUUGACUCUUUAUUUUCUUUUGUAGCCUGUACUUGCAUGCCAACGAACAAACCAUUUUGCCUUUUGUUCUUAGUGCGAAUAGGCUAGUUUCCUUUAGUGCAUGAUACGAACAGAGGAUUUUUACAUGCACCAGUGAACAUACUAGUUUUCCUUUUGUGAAUGGUACGAACAACUUGUGUGUUUUUAUA